UUAUAUGAUCCCCGCACGGGGAAAAAUAAACAGUUGAAUUUCGUCUGCUGAAGUGGAAAUGUUACUAAAUUUGCUGACUUUCUUCGUAAUAAUUCAUGUGACACUGAGCCUAUUGACAUUGAGGGGCCCAUAUAACCACACUGCAGUGGUCCAGGACAAUGUAACGCUGAGCUGUAAGCUGUUAAAGGAUGGAGAAACUGUCAUCAAUCUUCAUAUAGUGGGAGAACCCUAUAAACUGGUCUGGAAUUUUACAGGGGUAGGAGAAACAGAACCUAGGACAAUACAUGUCGUCUCCAGCAAUGGAUUAGCUCUACCUAGCUUCUCUGUAAAGUUCAACAAUACUCACUACCAGAGCGACUCUGACACUUCUCUUCACAUCCUAAAUGUCUCUUUCUCAGACGCUGGAACUUAUACCUGUUCUCUUAACAGUGAGAGCAAGUCAUUUGAGCUGUAUGUUAUAGAAAAACCUUACUGCCAUAAUUAUAACAGUAGUGUGAUAGUGAACCAGCAGGCCUAUUUUGACUGCAGUGUCAAUUUUCAUGGAAAUGAUCGCCCUGAAGUGAGUUGGAAACAUGGCAACAAAGAGCUGAAUUUCUCUGUUGAUUUCGAAAAUGAAACUUACAGCUUAGCUCGUAUGUCAUUGGUUGCUUCAGAGGAAGAUGAUGGAAAGGUGUUCAUUUGUCAUGUUACAUUUCCUUAUGUCCAUAAUGGUUUUAUCUGCCAAGCUCUCCCAAAGCUGAAAGUUUAUUUUCCUGUGAAAGAGACAGACAUUAUUCUUAGUCCAUACAAAAAGGAGUAUGAAGAGGGAAGCAAUAUUCUUCUUCGUUGUGUUGCCAUAGGAGAGCCCCACCCCCGUUACAAUUGGACAUUCACCCCCCUUUCUGACCCCCUUAAUGAAUCUGUGAGGUCAACCCAUCCAGCGUACAAAAUCGUCAAUGCCCAUAGAAAUGACAUAGGAAACUAUACAUGCAUUGUUCACAAUGAAAUUAAUCAUACAGUGUAUACAGACACUAAAGUUGUCUUCUUGAAUAUAAUAGAAAAUAAAGUAACAACAGUAAAACCUAAAUACAGAAUGAUGCCUAAGCCAACAGAGGACAAAGGAGAUGGAGACAUUAACUUCAAUGCCUAUGCUGUAGGAGCUGUUGUUAGUUCACUGCUAGCCAUUCUGCUGAUUGUAGUCUUCAUCCUGCUGGCCAUCAAAUUCAGGGCAAGAGAGCAGAAAUACAGAGAAGGCAUGUCCCUGGUGCAGGAUGAUUUUACAGAUGAUCAGGAAUUGUUAGAUGAGGACAUGAUAACAGCAAAUGGAGGGACCGAGGAGACCCAAGGUCAGUACAGGAGACUUGGUCAGUAUUGGGAAAUCCCUAAGAGAGAUGUUCGCCUGAUGGACCUGAUUGCUACAGGGUCGUACUGUGAAGUCUGGAGGGGGAGGAUGAGGAAACACUCAGACAGUACAGAUGUUCUUAGGGUGGCCAUCAAGAAAAUGCUAGAUGAUGCAUCAGAAGUGGGCAGGAAGUUCUUUCUGGCAGAGAUGGAAGUGAUGAAAACAUUGAAGGCUCACAGUAAUGUGAUCACCCUUAUUGGAUGUUACACAUUAACUGAACCUUGGAUGCUGAUGCUGGAGUAUGCACAUGAGGGAACCUUGCAGAAAUACCUGAAGAAACACAGACCUGGUUCACAGCGUGUUGAGAUUCAAUCUCAGGAAUCGGUCAGACUUAAGAAUAACAGGAUAGAUGCCAAGAAACUCCUAACUCUGGCUUCCCAGGUCAUCAGUGGAUUGCUGCAUUUGACAAAAUAUAAGCUCCUAUACUACCGACUAUCUGCAUCCAGUGUCCUUGUGGCCAAAGGAGGAGUGUGCAAGUUAUCAGGGUUUAUGUUUCAGAAAGAAAUAACAGAGAGGAAUUUGUAUGAAAAGGAAUCUCUACCUGUUCGCUGCAUGUCACCAGAAUCUUUGUCACAAAAUAUAUUUGAUACAAAGACCGACACAUAUGCCUUUGGUAUUUUGUUAUGGCAGAUUAUACAUUUUGGAUUAAGGCCGUAUCCCUCUAUGGACAUUGAAGAAGUGAAAGAGAAAGUUCUCUCAGGAUACCGCAUGCCUCAGCCACCGCACUGUAGUUCUGAAUUGUUUGCCUUAAUGGAUAGAUGUUGGAGUGUAAAUCCAGAUGAGAGACCCCUGUACCCUGAUAUCUUACAAGCCCUGUCUGUCCUACAAACCAACAGUGACACAAACAUUGUUCUGGAGGAUCUUCCAGGCCUGUCAACCUCUGAGAGUGAGACCGAAACAGAAUGUAAUCCAUAGAAGGUCAUCUUGAUAAUCCAAAGAAGGUCAUCUGGAUUAUCCAUAGAAGGUCAUCUGGAUUACGUAAUCUGUUAAGAUACUCGUAUAUUGAUGAGGCACUCACAAAUUGAACUUGAUUUUUUUUUUCUUAAAUACAUUAAUUUUGCCAUUGACACAAGGAUAAUUUUUAGCUCACCCAAGCCAAAAGCUCACUGUAGCUUUUUUCUGAUUAAGGAAUGUCCAGAGUCUGUCUGAGUGAACUUUUCACAUAUUCAACUUCUUCUCCAGAACUAUUUAAUUAAUGAAUAU